AUGGCUAAGUCCUUGGUUCUUCUUGUUGUGCUAGUUUUCUUCACCACAGUCCAAGCCACUAAUCCAAACUCCGACGCUGACUUCACUGUCCCUAGCGGCAUGAAGAUUGAUGGUGAUUUCUUCACCUACACUGGUCUCCGGGGCAGUCCAUCCUCUUCCAGCAACGGCAUAGACAAAAAAACUGUAACCAUGAAAAACUUCCCAGCUCUAGAUGGGAUGGGGAUUUCAAUGGAACUGCUAGAAUUUUCGCCUGGAGCAGUUAACGUGCCCCACACCCAUCCAAGAGGAGCCGAGAUCAUGUUCGUCGUAGACGGUGCCUUGACUGUUGGCACCACAGAUAGCACAGGGCAGCUGUACAAAAAUGAUUUGCAGAAGGGUGAUGUGUUUGUGUUUCCUACGGGCAUGGUUCAUUACCAAGCCAAUUUUGACAAGAGUAACAAGGCCAUUGGUGUUUCCGCAUUCAGCAGUGUGAAUGCUGGCACAAUCGAUCUUCCUAAAAACAUAUUUGGAUCUAAUAUGCCAGGUGAAGUCCUAGCCAAGGCUUUUAAGAUAUCUGCUGACACUGUCCGCCAACUCGAGACGAACCAGAUGUAA